GCGGAAAGAAAAGGUCCUAUUUUUAGGACCCUGCCGUGAUGGCCAACUGUGGCUGUAUACAGAGUACUGUGAGUUGGAUGCACUUGCCCACCAACUGGUGAUUUGCUGUGCUGCAAAAUCGCCAAUCACUCCACCUCAACCCCCCCCGCCUGUACUGCACAAUGCAUCGCGUCUCAAGAUUUUCCAGUGCCAGCCAUGCAAAUCAUCAUCUGAAUCGGGUGGACAGGGCGAUCCUCAUCCAAUGACGCGAUGUCGUGCCCUACGAGACUGCCGACAAUCCCCCCCUUUUUUGUGGGCUUGGUCAGUGCUCUCAAUGCCCUCGUGUUUCGUCUUAGACGCGAUGGUGGAUCUCGCGCCUGGGGCAGCGGCAGCAAGCAGCAUGGCCAACAUAAUAAGAAGUCGCCAUGUCUCUUCCGCGCGUCGCCCGGAACCUGCCUGCAUCCUGACCACAUCUCACCAUGCCGGUCAUCGCCAACACCCCCGAAGCACUCAUCGCCCGCACGGAUUCCUGCGACCCGGAGACAACAUGUCAAGGGCUGACCAACAGCGGAAAGCCAUGCCGGCGAGCGCUCGCCGAUCCAACCGACCGAUACUGCUGGCAGCAUAAGGACCAAGCUGCCACCGAGUCGCCGGGGACCAGCACGCCGCUCGCGAACCCCAGCAAGCCGCGGACCAGCAUCGACACGCUGCUGGACCGCAUCGGGAUCCUCAACCUCAACGACGCGGCCUCGGAGAAAUGGCGCCCGUCGCGCCCCAACAAACCACAAAAGAGACCGAAGAAACGCACCAUCUGCUGCUGCUUCGAGGUGAUCGAGGAGGAGGAGAUCCGGCCGCCCAGGCCCGUCUCCGCGCGGCCUCCGUCCCAAUCAGCCGCCGCCCCGGGCCCCGUCCCGCAGGCCAACCUGCUCUCGCCCAACAGCCAGAUCCCCACGCGGCCAUCCGCGCAGACCUCCCACCACUACUCUUCCACCUCGUCCGGGAUCCCGGAAUCCUGGAUCCCCGCCGAUCUCAGCGCGGAGGCGAGCUCCACGCUGGCAUCCGAGCUGGACAAGCCGAUCUCCGAACGCGACGAACCGGGCUACAUCUACAUGUUCUGGUUGACGCCGGAGGAGACCACGGGAGGGGAGGGAGGAGCGCGCGGUCCGCCGCCGGCCGAGGUGGCCAGCUCGCUGCUGCCACACCACAAGUCGACGCCGGGCGGCGCGCGCGACCGCGGCGUCAGCGACGCGAUCCGCACGGCGCGGGACCUCCGGGCAUUAACCUCGGCGCCCAGCGCGACCAGCCCCGGCACGAUCCGGCUGAAGAUCGGGCGGGCCAACAACGUGCAGCGCCGGUUGAACGAAUGGUCGCGCCAGUGCGGCCACCACGUCACCCUAAUCCGGUACUACCCCUACACGCCGUCGACGCCGCAGCCGUCGCCGGCGCGGAUGGGGGGCAAUGUGCACGACAACGCCGCCCUCGAGCCGGGCCGGAAGGUCCCCUUCGUCCACCGCGUCGAGCGGCUGAUCCACCUGGAGCUGGGGGAUGUGCGUAUCCGCGACAUGGGCAAGUGUCCGGAGUGCGGGCGGGAGCAUAAGGAAUGGUUCGAGGUGACGGCGGAGAAGAGCUCGCUGAAGCGGGUGGAUGACUGCAUCCGGCGCUGGGUGAAGUGGGCGGAAGUGCAGGAGAAGCAGAGGUAGAGUAGGCCGGACGCAUGGUUGCCCCGUAGCUGACCGGUGGUACAUGUGAGUCUCUGCCUUGUUGACCGGUCAUCAUCAGCAUUAUACCCCAACACACACACCACACACACAUAGAGCAGAAACCCAGAGUACACCUUGCAUUAAGCAGCGCAACCUCAUAUCUGUUGAAGACACAAGCAUC